UGAGUAAGGUAUUGUAGUCUCUCUUGAGAAAAGUACGUCUUCAGGCAAAACGAAUUAUUACUGACUUGGAGGCCGUGCAAAAGGACUUUAUGACCAAUAUCACAUAGCCUAUAUUUUCAGCUAUACGACAGAAUUGUUCUCUUACCAUGAUCUGCUUGACAUGGGCGGCAUGAAUGUUUCCGAGUUCCCACUCGCUAUCAGAAAUAGAACAGACAUCAAGACGUACCUUACCAACACUACUGGACGUUAAAAGUCCGCCACGUUUGACUAAACUAGGACCGUUUAAACCUGUGACUUUUUAACGUCUAUAAAGUGUAUGUGCGAGUAUUUAUCUUUUGAAGUCGUAUCUCGCUUUUCAGCUGCCGUUAGACUUGACGCGAGCAGAUUCCGCGUGCCAUGCCGUAGCUGGCGCCGCGCACGUGAGUUUUACUGGACGCACAGAAUGAGACAGCGGCGACCGCAUAUUAAAGAAAAGCGAAAAUAUGUUGGAUUUUUUUUACCUGAAAAACGGGUGUUUCUUUCUGGUUCAUGUUCCUAUGUGAAGUAUUAUGAUUACUGCGCAUUGUAUGAUCACUGUGAUUGCGCAGCGCGCCGUGUUUGCCCAGAGAAAUGUGGUCGGGACGUUGGUUGGCGGACUACAGGGAUUUUUGGACAACGUCUGGAGGACACAGUUCAGCACGAAAAGAAAUUUGGUCCUCGCCUCGCACCUCUUUUAGUUGAACAGUGUGUGGAUUUUAUUAGGGAGCAGGGUCUUGGUGAGGAGGGUCUCUUUAGGAUGCCUGGUCAGGCCAACCUUGUCAGGGAGCUUCAAGAUGCUUUUGACUGCGGAGAUAAACCUCAGUUUGACAGUAACACUGAUGUCCACACUGUGGCUUCCCUGCUGAAGCUGUACCUCAGGGAGCUACCAGAACCGGUCAUUCCAUUCGGCAAAUAUGAAGAUUUCCUUACUUGUGCUAAGCUCCUGGCGAAAGAUGAAGAAGAGGGACUGCGAGAAUUAGGGCAGCAAGUUAAGACCCUUCCUCCUGCUAACUUCAACCUCUUGAAAUACAUAUGCAAAUUCCUGGAUGAAGUACAGUCACACUCAGCUGAAAACAAAAUGAGUGUACAGAACCUGGCCACUGUGUUUGGACCAAAUAUUCUCCGUCCUAAAAUGGAGGACCCAGUAGCUAUCAUGGAAGGGACAUCUCUUGUCCAGCAUCUCAUGACAGUGCUCAUCAGUAAGCAUGAUCAGCUGUAUCCUGAGCAGGACUCUGAGGUUCCUGAACCCUGCCUAGAGGUGAGAUCUCAGGGCCAGCAGCCUCAGCAGUCCAGUCUGGUUGGCUGGAUCUCUGAGGAAGACCUCCAAAGCCUUGCACCUGCAGGCAACUCCAAUCCAAGUGACAACCCUACCAGCAGUAGUGCCUCAUCCCUGGAUGGCAGCCCAGCAGGUCCUUCUCCUAAAUCAGGUUCUCAGGGAAAGAGCGAGACGGCUGUCAGCCCUAGCAAGCAGGCCAAGACACUGCCUUCAUGGAAGUAUACUUUCAAAGGUUCCUCAACACGACCACCGCCUGCCAAAACUGGCAGCUCAUCAUCAGACAUGGGUGGUGUCUCCAGUGGAAACUGGCUCAUGAAUGGGCUGUCAUCACUGAGAGGACACCGCCGUACCUCCACUGGGGAACGUGCCAAAGACUCUGGGACAUCCCAGAGGCUGUCCACCUAUGACAAUGUCACAUCAUCUUCGAGCCCAGGGAGCAUGCUGAGCAUAGACAGUGCUCCAUGGUCCACCUCAUCAUGCGAGUUCUCUGUACCAGAAUCGUGUUGUGACCCCUUAGAUGCCGAUUCCCAGAAGGACCACUGGUUGGAGCCUGAGGAGAACCUUGCAGAUAUUUCACAGAGUGCAGAAGAAGUGAAGCCCGCAGAGCAAGAGGAUGCUAGCAUCUCCAUGGAGGCUCGCAUCAGCACUACUUGCUGUAGUGACAACAGCAACAUGGUGCCAAUCAUCAAAGUUAUGGCUGAAGAUGAUGAAGAAAGCCCCUCGUCACUGGCCAGCUUGGUGGCAGAACUGAGAGAGAACCUGAGGAAGCAGAAACAGGCAUAUGAAUCAAGAAUCAAAAAGCUGGAGGAGUCUAGUGCAGUACUCUGUGCUCAGAUGGAGCGAUUAGAACAUGAAAUGGAACAGGAGCGAAAAAUGAAAAGGAUGUUGGAGAUCAAAUUACGGAACUCUGAGAGGGCCCGUGAGGAUGCUGAAAACCGCAACCGGCUCCUGGAAAAAGAAAUGGAAGACUUCUUCUCCACACUCGGGGACCUGGCUCUUGGAGCUCGGACAAGUGAUAUUUAGCAAGUUUCUCUGUCUUAAAGAAGAGGUGAAAUAGCCAUGAAUGUAUCUCUAGUAACUUUGGGCAACAGGAUUUCAUUUCCUCAGGCCUCUCCAGAAGUAUGGAGGGAUAAGUUCCAUGGCAGUUUCUUUACCUUCAUAUUACUUGAUUGUUUUUAUCAGGACAUAAAGGAUGAUUGUACAUUAGGCUGCAUUCAUCCAGAACUUUAACAUAUCACUGUGGAUGUAAGGCAGCCAAUUCCUACAAGUAAUGUUAGGCUUUUUAACCACUUUUUCCAGAUGUCACUAGCAUUUUGUGGUGACUUUGCUGUAUAGUAAAUGUUUUCAUCUGCAUCUUUUAUUCUAGCCAAGAGAAUUAUUUGCCAACUAAUGCAACCUUUAAAGACCAUGCAAAAGACCAAAGCCUACAUACAUAAUUACUGCCAUAAUUAGUUUGGGAUCAUUAAGCAGACCUCUGCCCUGAAAAACAUGGAACUAUAAUGAAACAUCUUGGUAUCGGGCUUGUUUGACUAGAAUAGUUCCCAGUUUUGGAAUAUUAACUGUUAAUUGAAAUAUUUCCUGAUCUCAUAGCAUAUUCUAUUAAACUGGAUUGACUUCUGAAAUUCAAAUUCAACAUUAUGGAAAGACAGAUUAUAAAUCAUAUAUUAUACAUGGGAUGUUACUAUUCUCAGAAUUUAAGAGAUACUUUAGGAAAGUGUUCAGAAGUUAAUAUAAUGCUACAAGGUAUGUUCCAUAAAAUGUUUAGUAAAAUGAUCACUGUGUUGUUUGACUGACACUAAUUUAUUUUAGAAUUUGCAAAAUUAUGGGAAAGCCCUGUGAAUAUUUCAUGUUCUGUGGUAAAUUCCCACACUUGUUGCUAAAUAAUCUUUUUGAUAACACCUGAAAAAUAAAAGUUGUGUAACUUUCAUUGUGCUUGAUACAGUGAGUAAUUAUGGAUCUGUAUUAAACUAUAAGUAAUACAUGAAUUGUGGGAUAUAGAAAAAUGCUGUUUGCAGUGCCUCAUCUGUGUGUUUACUGACAACCAAUGCUUAAUGCUGCUAAUGCUUCAUCUGUUCAUAGACCUGACCAAAUUACAAGUUUUAGCUGGACCUAUUCUUACUUAUAAUACCCAUCAAAUAUUAGACCUGUAAAUAUUUAACAGUACCUUCAACAUUUACAUUAUUCAUCAUAACCACUUACAGCUAUGCUGAGUUUAUGAUGGGGUUUUAAAUAUAUCGAAGAUUUUCACCCCCCCUCCAUUCCUUGAUCCAUGUGGUGCUGCUUAACUGUUCAAACAUACAAUAAACAGAAAUCUGAAAAUAA